UUGCUAUUUAAAGUCCAGUCGCUCCGCGCCACAGAAACCUUUCCGCGCUGCCAACCAGGACGCAACAGGACGCACAGUUAAGGACGCGCAGAACCGAGCAGAGGACAUAAAUGUGAAUAAAGGAAGCGAAAAGAAAACGUGGAUGAAGUGACAGUAGUGUUGCAGCUGGGAAUUAUCAAGAAUACACGGCCUAUAUUCAAGUCUACAAGUUUUUUCACCAGAUAUCUCAGUGAUGGGUGUGAAGAUGCUGCAGUGUUUUCCUUUCUACAGACGCUGUAAAGAGCGCUGCAAGAGCAGGCAAUGCCCCCCUGCGGCAGUUCCCAUUGAGGAGAUGAAACCCCGACUGUGCUCCACGACAUCCUCGGGCAGCGAAAGCGAAGGAGCUGGAAGCCUGAGUCGCGGUUCCCAGAUAUAUUUCUCCACCAAGGCCCGCCUGUCGUUUAGACACCAGCUGGACAGCAACAUCAACGCAGUGGACGCCACCUACUAAGAAGGACGCGCGGCUGCAGAGGAGAUAAAUGGACUCCUGUAUAUAUACGUUUUCCCGUCGCACAUUCAUGCUUGGACCCUGUGGUGCAGACUGACAGCUGAGCGAGUGCAUCUAUCGCCGCCUUUAGAUGUGAUCAACAAUAGUUGUGCACGACUUGUUUACAGCAUUCACAACCAAAAAGUGCAUUACUUUUUUCUACUGUUCUUUUUUGUUGCUUUUUUGACAAACUUUCUGGAAAUUAAAAAACUGCAGAGUUUUGGAAUUUUGCUGUUGGGAUAAGGGGUGUUUCACAAAGCAGGAUGAGGGAGUUAAACAUUAAAGUGUCGGGGUUCCCACACCUUCUUAACCCUUUGAAACAUUGGAAAAGGCAAUAAGCAACAUGACCUGCAAACUGCAAAAAAAUCAGUAAAAGGUGA